UAAUUCCCCAAACUGUAUCCUUUCCUCAACCCCCUUCACCCCUCGAUUGCCUCCGAUCCGAUUUUUAUUGUUAAUCUCCUGAUUCUUUCCUUAAAGAAAAUCUCCUGACUCUUUUGUCAACCAGAGAUUCAGACCUAAUCCCCAAAUUCGAUGGUCGACGCCGCCGCCAACGCCCCCAAUCAAGGUCGGCUGGCCUCGAUUCUCCUUGCCCGGAAACCACGCUUCACCGACAGCACCAACGAUACCACGGCCACAGCCAAAUCCAAAGAUGGCUAUACCAUGGCGGUCUCCUUCUGGAUUGCCGACCCACCCCAAUUGUCACUCUUCUCCAUCCACUGCUCCAAGCCCCCUGGUUCGCGAUACAUGACGGACCCCGAUUUCUUAAUUUGGCCACAGUUGGUCGGCGCGGACGGCCCUUUCGUCCUGCUUCGCGUUGGAUUCUACGCCGGCGCCGGCAGCCGCGAAUAUUUUCUGUACAAGGCCGCCGGUGACGCCCCAGCGUCGCUCGAGCGGAUUCCUUCUCCCAAAGUGCCAGGUUCUGAUGAUGAUGAUCUGCGCGGGGUCAGGGAGUUUGGCAUCCUCGGCCACAUGGCCGGCGGCCACUAUCUCCUGGCCGCUCUCCGUGAUGCACCAUCGUCGGACGACUAUCAGCUUCGAAUCUAUUCGUCCGAGACAAAAUCAUGGAGCACUAGGGCACUGCAGAAUCCAUGUCCUGGGGUCGACAGGGUUGUACCCGACAAGGUGAUCACGCUUGGACAAGGUGGCUUGCUAGGGUGGGUUGAUUUGUCACAAGGCCUGCUGGCGUGCGACUUGCUUCGUCUUCAAGAUCCCGAUCCCACUGGUGGUGGUGGUGGUGGUGAUGGUGGUGUAAGCUUCUUCAUCCCGAUGCCUGAGCCGUUGCCUGGAAACAGGUACAAAGAAAAAUAUCCCAUUCCCCCCACCAAAAAGAUGAAGAAACACCCUUUAGCUGAGGAACCAUCUCGCUCAGCAAGCUGGUUUCGGGAUCUCACAUGUGUCAAUGGCGUGCUCAAGCUUAUUGAGAUGGAGAAUCCUAAUCCUCCUGAAAACAAGGAUAAUAUCAUCUCUGAUUCGGACUUGAUCACGAGGCUUAAGCGCAAAGCCGUGGAUAGGAAUGCCAACCAGCAGCUGUCUUCCUUUAGGGAUGCCUGGAGGGCUGUGACAUGGAGUCGGAAAGUUUCGCCAUCAUCUGCUAACUUUUGGCGCCAGACAUGCGUUGCUCAUGUUGCUGACAUAAAGGAGAGUGAACAGUUGUUCGCAUUCAUAAAGGAGACCCAACAGUUGGUGACGUUCCGUGACCUCUACUCAGUUUUCCCCAUCCUGAGCCUUGCUGAUGAUGGCCACGAUAUUCUUUAUCUCAAAUCUCUGAUGGAACCCAGUCAUCAGGAUGGAUGGGUGGCUGCUCUUGACAUAGGAAACAAGCAACUAAAAGCAAUUUCAAAGUUUUAUCUUCCGGAUUAUUGGUAUUACAACCAUAGGUUUGACCCUGAACAUCCUUUCCGUGCAUGUACAUUGUCCAGCCAUAUGGAUAUUACUCCAGGCAUUCAAGUCUCAGCCUUUCGCAAGAACAGAAAGGCUAGCAGCUCUGCAGACAAGCCAGUCGACACCAAAGUUAGUGGUUCGCAGGAACCGAUCUCACCAAGGAGCUUAUUCCAAAGGGUAUCUGCAUUGGCUGAGAAAAUGAAGCGUGAACGAAAUCCACCUGAGAGUGUUAUACAGAAUGAUCAUAUUUCUUCCCAGGUCCAUGCUGUUGUAAACAAUCUGCCACCGCAGAAAUGCUUCAACAAGCAAGAUGUACCCUGUGGCCCUGGGUAUGCAUCGUUGGGCCAUGUACAUGGUCGACACAACUACCAGCCACUGUGGCUACCACCACAACAGCAAUUAACGUCCAACAGUGCAUUUGGAACUCAUGAGGCACCCAUGGCAUGCUUCAACAAUUUCAAUGGAGGCAGCUACCUUGGGUAUGAGUCACAGCAACUUUCUGCUCCUAACUCAUUUGCCUAUGGCGCAUACACAUGCUAUGGCAACUACCAACAGCAGUGGCAACAGCCUACCCCUACCCUGGGGCUGCCUAUUGGUGCAUCUUGGCAGCAUCCACCUCCUCUGGUGCAGCGUCAGCCAACACCUCCUCUGAUGCAGCGUCAGCCAACACCUCGUGAGUGAUGAUAAUUUGACCAGAUCGAUGGCUUGGCUAAGCUCAGACGAGGGAGGCUAUGGUGCAAGCUUUCUGUGUGGUGGACUUGUUUCUACCUGAACACAGUCAUCUUCUCGCUUCAGAUAAUCAUGUCUUGUACGUGGACCAUUGUUUAUGCGUUUGUAUAUCUACAUAAUCCGUGAGUGUAAGGUGCCACUUCUAGUAUUUAAUCCUAUCGUGUGUAUGAAAGCUUUUGCAAACCCGGAUAUGUAUGAUAGACACAUAUGGUUCAUAUUUUUUUUUUGUC